UCGUUUGAAUGGUUGUUGUCGCGAAACUGAAAGUUUCAUCGUGCUUUGCGUAGGUGAGCUUGGCCUUUGCUCACCGGAACCAGUGCUGCGUCCCGUCGUCCAUUAGAAAAGAUAAGAAGAAAUGGGACCUCGCGACAAUGUGCUUCGCAGUAUCGUCGCAAUUCGUUGUUGACAAGUAGGCAGCCGGCGAGCGUGUAUCACAAUGGAAGCCUGCACGCCCACGCCCGGCAGUGUGGAGCCCGCAGAUGAGGAUGCACUUCAGGAGUUCGAAGACUACGAGGCCGUCAUGAGCGUGAUUCGCAAAGUCACGAAAGGUGGCCUCACCGAACGCGAGAUCGAACACUUGCUGGACACGUUUAAGGGAACUUUCGACAAGUAUCUCGAACAGCCGUACCUGUUGGACAGUCAUUUGAGGGAGAUCGUGCAGGCUCUAGUCAGCCCUGUGAAGUCUCCGAACUGCAGCGACGAUAUUCUGCACACUUGCAUGGCCUUUCUCGUCGUGGUGACCAAUGUUCGCGGAUACAAAGUGGUGGUUAACCACCUGCCUCACGAGCUGUCGGACAUUGAGCCUGUGCUUUCCCUGCUGGAGAGGAUGGCGCCAGACAGUUGGAAGUUGCGGCCGACAACGUAUAUGCUGCUGCUCUGGCUUGGCGUGCUGUCCAUGGUGCCUUUUCAACUAUCACGCCUCGACUCCGGAGAUGCAAAAAUGAAACCUGUGGCCCAAAGGAUAUUUGAUGUCAUAAAGGCCAACCUCACUGCCGUUGGUAAGGCAAACACUGCCUCCAGCUUUUUAAGCGCUCAUUUUAUUACACGUCCCGACAUCAAAGACUCCUACCUUGAUGACUUCAUGAUGUGGUUGCAGAAUCAAAUUGAUGCUGAAAAUAAGGUGACGACGACAAACAUGUUGUCGGCGCUCGCCAUGAUCUUCAAGCUCGCCAAGCGGGAGGUUGUCAUGAAGCACGCAAACAGCUUGAUGAGCCUGCUAACGAAGAAAAAGUUAUUUCAAAGCAGUAACAUAAUUAUUCAAAGGCUUGCAUUGAAGCUGUGUCAAAGAAUUGGCCUUUGCUUUCUUCCCGUAAACCUUGCCUCUUGGAGACACCUGAGAAGCAUAAAGCAGCUGUCAAAGAAUGUGCAAGAAAAUGGUCCCUUGUCAGAAGCAGCCUUCCCAGCUGCGCAGGAGAAUGGGGAAUUUGAUGUCCCAGAAAUCGUUGAAGAAGUCAUCGACAAGCUUUUGGAAGGCCUCGAAAAUUGCUCUAUCGAUGUCAGGUGGUCAGCUGCGAAAGGCAUAGGCCGUAUUGCAAGCAGGCUUCCAAGAGAGUUUGCCUCCGAGGUUGUCUCGUCAGUGUUCUCCACGUUUGAGAGGCAGGACAGCGAAAGUUCACUUCAUGGGGGAUGCCUCGCCCUCGCUGAAUUUGGACGCCGAGGCGCCCUGCUUCCCGAGCAGCUGCCUGAUGUGGUGGCUUCCGUACUGCCUUGCCUGACCUUUGAUGAGCAAUUGGGCAAGCAGUCCUUCGGAUGUAUAGUCCGUGACGCAGCCUGUUACGUCUGCUGGACUUUGAGUCGUUCGUAUGACCCCUGCCACCUGGCGCCUUUUGUAAGCGCUAUUGCUGGGGCACUUGUCUGCGUUACUCUGUUUGACAGGGAGGUGAUAUGCCGUCGUGCGGCUGCCGCUGCUUUCCAGGAAUGUGUGGGAAGACUUGGCACAUUUCCACAUGGCAUUGAUAUCAUCACUGUGGCCAACUAUUUCUCCUUGGCAAGAGUGCAGACCUGUUAUUUGAGCCUCAGCCUGCAGGUUGCCAAGUUCAUGGACUACACACAGCCCCUCAUUUUGCACCUCGUGGAGAAGAAGUCGGGUCACUGGGAUCCCAACAUAAGGACGCUCUGCUCGCAAGCGCUCUUCAAGCUCACCGUGGACGAUCCUGGCUUUGUGAGGCAGACCUGCAUGCCCAAGCUCUUGGCUGCAUUGCAUAGUCGAAACCUGAACAACAAGCUUGGAGCCUUGAUGUCUAUUGGGGAGGUCGUGCACUCCCUCUGUGAGCUGGGCGAGAAGAGGGGUGAAAGUGUCUACGAUGCCUUAGGUGAUAACACUGUAGAAGCACUGAAAGAGGUGGUCUCAAGCUAUGAGGAAAGCAAGGUGUUCCAGGGCCUUGGAGGAGACCCUAUGAAGGAAGCCUUUUGCUUGUUCAUAUGCAAGCUCUCUAUCGUCCAUUUUCCUGUCCACAAGUCGCGGCCUAUUCUUGAUAAGUGGCUGUCUGUGAUAAGCCGGUGCCUUCUUCGUGACGAACGCAGCCUGAGGGCCAAUGCCUGUGCGGCGUUGGCACCGUUCUUGGAAGAGUACUGCAAGGACGAGGACGCCAUCUGCGACACUCUUGUCACCGAGUACCUGGAAGGACUCAACUCGGGCACGGAAGGCGUCCGUUGCAACUUUGCACACGCACUUGGAUCCCUGCCAAGCUUUGUUUACAGGAAGUACUUCCAAGUGAUCCUUCGUGGACUUACGGCCAGAGCAACAGCAGAGGGCCGGGAGUACUCGGACUCAAAAACUGAGGCGGUGUUUUCCUUAGCACGUUUUUGCAUCUCGGUUGGGGUCGAGGAAGGAGGCGUGUCGCCGUCCCAGAUUGAAACCAUACUCGACAUCCUAAUCCAAGGAAUGGAUGACUACACGCACUGCCCAAAAAGAGGAGAUGCGGGAGCCAACGUCAGGAAAGCCUGCAUGACAUCAUUUAAGGACCUCAUCUGCUACCUUGCAUCGGUACGGCCCAGUGCCAUUCCCGAGGCACAGGUGUCCUCAAUGAUGUGCGCCUUAGCCCAACAGAGCGUGGAGCCUGUGGAUAACGUGUGCCGCCUGGCGAUAACAACUUUCAUUGAGCUGUUGUACAACACCCCAGAGAUUCCAUACAUCCCCCACCGAGAGGAAGCAUGCAAGAUCCUGCCUGAAAACCUGGGGAGCCUUAUCAACCUUCGGCACUCCAAUGAGACAUUCCCCUACUGGAGCCAGCUGCUGCCGCUCGACUCGUAUCGUGAACCCCUGCUCAAGGGAUUCCUCGUCAGUGUGGGCGGCAUGUCUGAGAACUUUUUCAUCACUGGCAAGAAAGCGCUGCUGUCGUUCCUCAGCACGGCCAAACAAGACCGCACCCUUGAAGAGUCUGUGUAUGGAUUCUUGGCCAGACUCCUCAGUGACGAAGCAUUCGUGAACAGGGCUCUGUCCAAGUACCUCAAAGCCCUGGACCACCUUGCAGUUUCUGGUGCCUUCACCGGGGUUCCGCCCGAAUUUGUCGAAGUGGUUCAGCAAGAUGCUUGGCUUAAAACAUACAGGUCGAAGUCCUUCCAGAAACUUGAAGCCAUCUCAAGCUUGCUUGCCACCUGGCUGCAGUUUGAAGGAGAUGUGAGGAAGAAAGUUCUCAUGAAGCUCUUCAGGCUUUUGCAGCAUCGUUGGAGCAAAGUGCGCAAGGCAACUGCACUCAGGCUGUGCGAAUCUCUCUUGCUAUACAUGGUAUUGGAAGAUGAAGAAAAGUUGGAAGAGGCGUGCAUACUUCUGUCCGAGACAGACUGGAAUGAGGGCGAUAUUGACACACCUGUAGAAAGGCUCAGGAAUCUGUUUGGACUGAAAAGCGAGAGCUAGUAAUGAAGUGUGCCCAUUAUGCAUCUUCUGGUGUAUACUGUAAUGCUUGCAAGGUUUUAUAUUUAUAUUUAGCGGUUAGCGGAAUUAAAUUUGAAAAGAUGUAGGAUCAUCGUGCGCAUUUCUUUUUUUUUUUUUUUACGAGCUGCUCACUUUGUGUUGCAUUUAUCACCGUGCUCUUCCUGUGUUUCGUGUAGGCUUGGGCAAAUAUACAUUUUCGAAUAUUCAUCACAUAAAUACUGCGCUAUUCAGUAUUCACUUCAAUUCGAACUUCAGCAUUCUUAAUUUUCUAUGUGUCCUGAACCGGUGAUCUUAAAUUACAAAACAGGUAUGAUAAGCAGAUCCUGUGUUUAAAUCGCAUUGCCAUUGAUGCAGCUCAAAGCCAAGACAAGCCUUAAACAUAGAAUUUGAUUAUAGUCGCCAACCGAUUUUUCGAACUUGCCCGAUUAUUAGAACAUCCCUGCGUCUAGUUAGUUUCUUCAUUCUUGCAGCCCUGCCCCCUCUUUAUUAACGGCGACCAAAGUUUUGGACCGGAUCCACGUUCACAAUGGUGGAAAAAUGGCGGUCGUGAUGAAAGUUGGCACCAGUCAGGUUGACCUCCAUACACUUUCUUUUGCCACCCUCUGUGGUGACUUGGUGGCUAUGGCAUUGCACUACUAAGCACGAGGUCACGAGAUCAAAUCCCGGCUGCCGUGGCCGCAUUUCGACGGUGGCGAAAUGCGAAAAAUGCCUAUGUCUUGUGCAUCGGGGGCACGUAAAGGACCCCUUACUAAGUCAAAAUUAAUCCAAGUCUCCCACUAUGGCAUGCCUCAUAAUCAAAUCGUGGUUUUGGCAUUUACAACCCUGGAAUUCAGUUCACUUGUUUUUGUCAGUGAGAUGACAUCUCAACCUUCUGAGAGCCAUACAUAUGGCCACGGCAAAUGGAUGUACAUCCACUUUGUCAAAAUAAUUAGGCAAAUAGAAUGUUCGUUUGCAGCAUGCUAACAAACCUGUCAUUGAACACCAUGUUACUUGCAUCAAUACAAGCUGGCUAAUUGUAUAGCUCAGCGUAUGUAGACAUGUAAGGAACAAGCAGUGUAAUUGACCGAGAGCUUACUUGUUUUGUAUUGUAGUAGCCAACGACUAUCUUCUGGGUUCCCUUUAAGAGUAGACGUGCACUCCUACUGUAGCAAUGGGUCCAGCCUAGCCUAUGCUUCGGUGAUGAUGAAAAUGACGGUUCAGUGCCGGUUAGCAGAUGGUGUUGAGCCUUCUGUCUUGUUGCAGAAUGCUUCAAUUUUAUUGUCAUGCCUCUGGAAUGCUAAACAAAACAAGCACGCCUGGCUUUCUUUAUUCCAGGUAACACUCUAUGUGUGAAAAUUCAACAAAAAAUUUAUCGAAUGUCUUCUAUAGAAAAGUUCAUGAGCAGUACACAACAGAAGUUUAACUGUCAUUAUGGUGGCUCCGUGACUUGAAUCAAUAAUACCUGAAUAGGUCCUCAGCCAAAGUUUUUGUAAUGGAAUCGUGUUCAUAAGGUCUAGCAACGCUAGUUAGGCCUAAGCAUAGGGGAUGUUGAUAUGUUCGUACAAGAGAGUCAUCAGCGAUUGCAUUCAUGUGCUAUGUUAUACUAAGGGCUGUAGAAGCGACAUUCAGGUCCCUGGUUGACCAGCCGACUACAGUGAGUGUACCUGCCAAGUUCAUAUGUAUGCUUAUUGGAUGGAAUGGGUUAAUCCUGCAUGUAUACUUAGGAAACACCAAUCUGAAUUUGCGCAAUGCAGCCUGAACUCCGGCUGUCAUAUCAACAAGAUUGCCUGCGGCAUUUGUAAGUUGCAACACAACGGGCAAAUGCAAAAUGCCUCCGCUGGCUGGACAGUCAAUAAAUUUAAAGUACUGAACCACAACACUGAGCAAGUGUUGGGGAAACAAAUAUUGUGUAUUUUUGGCAUUGUAAAAAAAUGUUGACAUUUUUUUAUAAGCAUGUCUUGGGGGGGGGGGGUGAAUAGUAGCACAAUGCAUACAACAAACCAUUUCCCAAGUUGAAACUCUUCACAACUUAGCAAGCAAAGCCCUUCUGCGUCUUUUUCCUUGGGAUCUGUCCACUCUGGAUGUUAAGUCGAAGGUUUAUGCAAGUCCGGCACAUAGUUGAACUACUCACUUCAAAAUUCAACAAUAUUACUGUUCAUAUUCGCUUCGAACCAAAUCAUUGACAUUUGUGCAAGCCUAGUUUCGCGACAUCACAACCUAUUAUUUUGCACUAAUAUAUAUUUUUUGAGUACUGGUCAUGCCUCUGUGUCAUCCUAAUGCCAAGUGUGCAUAUUUCAAACUGUGAGCUGGGUUCGCAGUGGUUUGCUAUUAUACACAUUUAUAUAUUGCACAGUAGAUUGAACACAUUGUGAUUGAAAUAAAGUACUGCAUGAUGUCA